AUGUUCCUCUCGGUCGUCGACAACUUUGAGAAGUAUCGCGACUUGGUUCUCGCAUUCGCCAACUCGGGCGUCGGUGUUGGCAACUUCGUUGCGCCCUACAUCCUCAACAGCCUCGUGGAGCACUCAAACUGGCGGUUUAUCCCACUGACGUGGGCCUGCCUAUACGCACAAAUGAUCCCACUCAGCCUUCUCUGUCGGAGCCGCAAUGAGGCUGUUGGCAGCGGAGAGGCCAGCGAGGAGAAGGGCGAUGGCCGAAAUGUCAUCUCGGACUCAGAUGGGAUGGGGAAGACGGCAAUCGAAUGUUCCACUUGCGGCACGGAGGCCAACCGUUCGCGGUGGAAGCAAACAAGUCGAUGUUGUCUAUCCACAUCCACAUUUAGGUUGGUAAAGGAUUCUUUUCUUUUUUUCUCUCAUAAGUAA